AUGGACAGUCCCAAAAAGCGUCACAGCGAUGCCAGUAAUAAAAAUCAGGGAUCUCCUCGGAUUUCACCCAAGAACGACAGCAUUACUCCUCCCACAUCGGCUCCUGAAAGAAUGGGCAAAUCAGGGAGUUCUCGUAAAUUGAUAUCCAUCGAAGCGUUGGAUGGCGCUGCAGCACCACCUUUGGGAUUGAAGGACACCAAGAAACAUCAUUCUUCAAAGAGACAUUCUUCUUCGUCUUCUUCCAAGAGACACGUGCAUGACGAAGAAUCGCAUUGGACCGAUUCGGUCGCAUCCUCUCGACGAAGUGGCUUAGUAAACGAUCACCAUCACAAGUCUUCCAAAAAAAUAUUGGAUGACGGUGAUGAGGAUAUUAUCAGUUUGGAUGAUGGUGAUCACAAGCUGCGACGCCACAGCCAUAAACGAACAAGCGGUUCUCGAUCUCCACACCGAAGAAGUGGCACCUACGAUGAUGGGGAAAGAGGAAGUGGCCAUCACAGACGAAGCAGUAGCAGUAGAAGACUCACCGACAAGAGUCCAAGCAAAUCUCCUAGUAGAAGGCGAAGUAGUACCCGAAGACACAGCAAAAGUCCAACUACAUCUCCUACUCGAAGACGAAGUAGCACCCGAAGGCACAGUAAAAGUCCGAGCAAAUCACCUACUCGGUCCAAUCACAGAGGAGGAGGAGGAUCAUCGAGACGAGACUUACUCGAGCGAUCCAAGAGUCCAAGUCGAUCCCACCGAGGAUCAUCAAGAAGAGAUAUGUUGCAAGGAUCCAAGAGUCCCAGCAAAUCCCACAGAUCUAGAAGAAGCUUAUUAGAACGAUCGAAGAGUCCCAGUCGAUCCAACCGAGGCGGAGGAUCCAGAAGAGACCUACUAACACGUUCCAAGAGUCCCAGCAGAUCCAGUAGAGGAGGAGAAUCACGAAGGGACAUGCUACUAGAACGAUCCAAGAGUCCAAGUAGAUCGAACCGAGGUUCUCGUCGCAGCAAUCUAUCAAGAGAAGGAUCCACUCGCAAACGAAACAGCAAUAAUCGUCCUUCACUAGAAGACAGCAGCAAGGGACUGCCACCUUCAGUCCUCGAUGACAUUCCCAACCUGAUGGAGGCCCAACAACGAAACAAGAAUAAUGUGGGUGGACUCAAUCCGCAAAAGAAAAAAUUCUUGACCGGAAUCAUUAUUUGUUUGAUGUUACUGCUGGGAAUUGCGGCUGGAGUGGCUUGGUUCCUCUUGACGCAAGACGAUUCUUCGGAGACUCCCGCAACACUAGACGAAACUGCUGCCACCACCAGUCCAUCAGUACCCUUGGAACCUCCCAGUUCCGUUCCUACGAGCAUGCCCUCCGAUAAUCCCACCAACGUUCCACAACUGUUUGACCCACCAAACCAGGAAGAUUGUUUCAAUAUCAGGGGUCGGGCACCAGUCUCCAAUCAAGAUGAUAUGAUUCUCACUCCAUUUGGAUUGGAUUUUGAUGUCACUGUGGUCCCAGGUGCGCUUACUGCCUUUUGGGUGGACUCUUUUAUGGACAAGUUCUUUCGAACCUUGGUGCCCGAUUUGACGGGUUGCGACCGACGACAACGACGACGAAAGGUGUUGGAAUUGCCAUCGGUAGCAGAAAGUCAUCAUCAACAACGCCAAUUGAAUGGCAUUCGUUAUGCCAUUGGAAAUGUCAAUGCCACGGGAGAAGUACAACUGGGUAAAUCCUGUGAAGAUGGGGCCCCACAACCAUGCUACCGGUUUGUGAUCAAGAUGGAUUUGUACCUAAAAGACGAGGACUUGUCCAAUUUCCAAUUGAUCUCUUUGGUUGUGAGCAUUGUCAAUCCUCCAGACUCGGAAGAAUCACUGAUCCAGAGGAUGGGACUUCCCCCCAGUCUAUUUGAGGAUGUGGCAGUAGUCUUGCUUGGUUCGACUACGGAAUCGCCGUCGGCCGAACCAUCCCCAUCACCUUCCGAAUCGCCAUCCUUGGUUCCAAGUGCCAUGCCAUCGUCGGCUCCAUCCGAAUCGCCAACACCACGACCGACCCUGUCGCCCACCCUUUCUCCAUCCAAGCAGCCCUCUCGAGUCCCUUCCAGCUCACCCUCGCUGCUGCCAUCGACGCUGCCAUCUUUGCAACCAUCAUCUCGACCAUCCCUUCAACCUUCCUCGAGACCCUCCCGGCAGCCUUCGUCUCGACCAUCCAUGGUGCCAUCCUUGGCGCCAUCCGCUUCACCAUCUAUUGCAGUUCCAAAAGCACCGAAUUAA